CGGCACACUUGCACGACGAUCGCUAGAAAGGACACCCUCCGAUGGCCAAGGAAUGCUUCCUCGUCGCAGGCAAGACGUGCUGCUAUGGGAUAGUCAUGGAGAGGUCGCGAUGUGAUGUGGACAACACCUAUGCGAACCUGCAUCGCGCCGAGUAUGACGCGUACGUCGUUGUCUGCGCCGUGGUCGGGAUAGCAACAUUCCUCGCGUGCGUGCACAAGCUGUACUCUGUCCAUCAAAGCAAAGGCUCUCCCAUCCAGAAGCAAGUGUACUAUCUCCUCGUACUUGCGUCCGUGACGUUCAUUGCCCGCGCCGUCGACCCCAUGUCGUACGACUUCAUCUACCCCCCCGUCGUGAGCGGGUUGAUUUCAGACGUAUGCACCGCGUCCCUCUACAGCGUCUUAAUCCUAUCGGUGGCGUUUUGGGCGCGCAUUGUCAUACGUCCGACCGACCUCGUGCGUGCCGAAAUCCCCAUCCGCGCGUCCACGGUGCUGGGAUUAUUCCUCACGUGGUUUGUGUUUGCAUGUGUCCGCCCGCUCUACCUCCUUCCAGCAUGGGGCGACACGCUGCGGAUUUUCCGGUCGUGGCACAUCUUGAUCCAGUACUCCAUGGCGCCGUUCCUGCUCUUCCUUGUCUCGACACUGGCUGUCAUCUUUGGCAUGCGCAUCCAUUGCCGCCUGAAAUCGAUCCGGGAAACCAACGAACGGUCCAUGGCGAUCGCGACAUUGCGCCAGCACGCACUCAAAGCCCAUCCGACGGUGGUGCGGUCGGAAAGCUCCGACGAGCUGCCGCCGCGGAUCCUCUGGGCAUCGUCGUCGUCCUCGAGCAACACCGACGACCCGCGCGCCCCCAAGCGGGAUUCUCGCAUUCUUAAAGUGCUCGUGUUGAUGGCGCUCUUGUCCGCCGUGGUCAUCGCCGCGCAGGUGUAUGUGUUGGUGGAUUUCAUUCGACGGGGAUGCAUGCUAGAACACGAAUACGUGUGCUCGUCGGCCCAUGCGCUGCCGAAAUCGACAGACGGAUCCCCCCGGCCAUUAUGUGACCUGCCUUUUCCGUUUCCAAUGCUGCCACUGACCCAGGUAGGUACAUACUUUUGCAUUCAAUACAUUGGCAAUGUGUAUACGUAAGGGCCGAGUUCCAUGCCACAUUUAAAUGCCCUCAGUUGGGAGAUCUUCCUGACGUCCAAUUUGCUAUUAUAAUAGUGUUUUUUAAUCACGAGGAAAAAUGCAGAUUGUGUGACUUGGAAGUAAAAUAGCCUUGAAUAUUCAAAAUCUCGAUAAGUAGGCUGAAAACAAAUCCGUGCCAUUUUAUCCGGAUGCAAAAAUGCAGCCUCGAGUAUCAAAAUCUAUAAUAGGUCAAAUAUCGACCGAAUUGACUGACCUAUCAAAGCCAUGGCACGGAAUUGUGCCCAUACGUAUAGUAAGUAGGGUACUCGUGUGUUUCGCUCGAACGAUGCGACCCCAAAGAGUUAUUAUGACGCUUUCUUUACAUAUUAUGUGAGAUGGUUUAUUUUUUGUAUGGUUUGUACAAUAUAGAGAAUUUUCAUAUCAUUAUAUAUAUUUCAAAUAUAAAAAAUAAAUAAGAUCUUCAUAUUUUUGAAAACUCU